UCAACAAAUCCAACAACAACUCCAUUCCAUUUCAAGCUUUGUCUUUAUUUUUGUUGUUUACAAUGGACUCUUAUGGCAAUCCCAUCAAGCAGCACACUGACCAGUAUGGCAACCCAGUUCCACCACACCACACCAAUGUCGCCGGUGACACUGGCUAUGGCGUUGGCACUGCCGGCUACAACACCACCACUGGCCCUCACCAAGCUCAGCAUGCCAAGGACCCCCAUUCCGGUGGUCUCACUGGCAUGCUCCACCGUUCUGGCAGCUCCAGCUCUAGCUCUUCAGAGGAUGAUGGAAUGGGAGGAAGAAGGAAGAAGAAAGGGUUGAAGGAGAAGAUAAAGGAUAAGAUGCCUGGAGGACAUGAUAAGACUACUGGUACUACUACUACUACUGAUGAGUAUGGAACUGGUGCACAGGUGCACCAGCAGCAACCACUUGCAGAGACACAGACUCAUGAGAAGAAGGGCAUGAUGGAGAAGAUUAAGGAGAAGCUCCCUGGUCAUCAUUAAUGGUGAUCAGUACUAUUACCACCACCACUACUACUACUACUUAAAACCUCUCUUGCUUCCUUGUGUGUGUGUGUGUGUGUGUGUGUGUGUGUUGUGUGUUGUGUUUGGUGUUUGAAUAAUAUGGGGAGUGUGUUGAGGUGUUUUGCAUGGUUGCCUUUGUUUUGGUUUCCAUGCUUUGUACUUUCUACUACUUAUGUUUAAUAAAAUGUUUGUGUUGUAUGUGA